AUGGAGACCACAACCCAAGACCUGAGCAACUUCACUCGUCCAGUUGGAUUCUACAUCAGAGGAUUCUACGCGCUGAAGAACAGUGAAUACUACUUCAUAUUUCUAGCAGUCAUCUACGUUUUUACACUCGCGGCCAAUCUCACUUUGAUGGUUAUCAUUUGGUUUUCAGAGGUCCUACACACACCCAAAUACAUGGCGGUCUUCAGCCUGGCUGUGGUCGAUGUGAGUUUGAGCUCGGCUCUCAUCCCCAAAGCCGUCAACAUGUACCUCUUCGACUCAAAAUUCAUCUAUUUCAAUGCCUGCUUGGCUCAGAUGUUCUUUGUUGACUUCUUUGCUUCCAUGGAGGCCUUCUGUCUCUGCGUCCUGGCGUAUGACAGGCUUAUUGCGAUAUGUUUCCCGCUAAGGAGCCAUACUAUAAAUACAAACCGUAAAAUGAUGUUGGUCAUAAUGGUUUCCUGGUCGAUUCCGCUCAUCAUAGACGUGGUCAUGGUUGCGUUGAUACCCCCCUUGCCGUACUGCAAAUCGACCAUCGUCAACAGCUUCUUCUGUGAUCACGGCCCCGUUUUCAAGAUAGCCUGUGGGGAUUACUCUCCCAACUGGUUUAUGGCCGCUUUUACCACAGUUGCGUUGUACUUUGCUCCUUUCGGCUUCAUCGCGCUGACGUACCUAUGUAUAAUUUAUGCCAUUUUGAAUAUCGCCUCUUCGGAGAGCAGGUGGAAAGCGUUUAAAACAUGCACCUCACACUUGAUUCUGGUCGCUCUUUUCUUCGUGCCCUUCUUCGUGACCUACAUUCUUGCAUGGGUCAACGUGAACAUUGACACGGACACGAGGAUCAUCAACACGUCCCUGUCCGCCUCCAUCCCCCCACUGCUCAAUCCCAUCAUUUACUCCUUAAAGACGGAAGAGAUUCUGGAAAUUAUUAAGAAGUAUCUGGGUAUGAGGAAAACAAACCCACGAUAAAUGUACCUUUUUGGGGGGCCCUGCUGACUUGUCUCUAUUCACUGUGUCUGCAGUGUUUCGUUUUGAAAUUUUAGGUAGACAUCUUCUUCGCGAUUACAGGGUGUUUUUUUUAAUUAUUAGUCAUUUAAUUACUCUUAAUCUUUAACAUUCUGUGACUGUAGACUGUAGACAUUCUGUACGUGUGACUGUAAAGCGUAGCACAUUUUAAUGUGCGGAUAUGAGUUAUAACGCGAAA